UUUAAAAAAUAUCGGGGAUUUCAAAGAUAUUGUGGGAUUAAGGUACAAGAUAUUUAUAGUAUUAUGGUGGCUUUCGAAGAAUUUAAGAGAUUAAAAUGGAUUUCGGGGAUUAAUUGGGAUAUCAAGGGAUAUAGCCGGAUUAAGAGGAUUUGUAAGUGGUUCCACGAUACACAUCUGAAAACAAUCUCUCUUAUUCAUACCAAAGUCCCUCCCACGAUAUUCAUCCAAAUCCAAUAUACUCCAAUAUUUUAAUCAUGUAAAUCUAAUCCAUCCAAAUCCACUCUACCCUUCUAUAUCCAUCGACAUUCGCUUAUAGAACCAAAUUGCCCAAUAUCAUUCAAGUCCACUGAUAUCCUUUUAAUCCAGCUAAAUCUGUCGAUUUCCUUAUUUUUCCAAAUUUUCAAUAUCUCUUAUGAUC